GAAGAAGAAAACCCAGACCUUUCCGGUAUAAAUAAACUUGCCUACCUAAUGUCUUCCCCCUACCUGUGUAAUGACACGUCAGGGAUAAUCUCAGCGUAUUGGGUCUUUACCUGCAACCUGUUUUUACAAACCUCCGCUGAACAGCCAGAGAGUCAUGUAUUCCAAAAAAAGGGGUCCUCCGGCGGAUAACGGACUGCGGGACGGAGAGCACACCGCCUGCAAGCGGCCGUCGCGGGCCGGCGGCGAUAGGCACGUCGCUGCCUUGGUCCUGGCGAGGGGAGGAAGCAAAGGGAUCCCCCUGAAAAACAUCAAAAUGUUAGCCGGGGUCCCCCUGAUCGGCUGGGUCCUGAGGGCUGCCAAGGACUCCGAUAUGUUUGACAGCGUGUGGGUAUCCACGGAUCACGACGAGAUCGAGAAGGUGGCGAAAGCCUGGGGCGCUAAGGUGCAUCGCAGGAGUCCUGAGGUCUCCAGAGACUCGUCUUCGUCACUGGAAACCAUUCAAGAGUUUGCCAGACUCAACCCAGAGGUGAAUGUGAUAUGCAACAUUCAGGCCACAUCCCCGUGUCUACACCCGAAACAUGUGAAGGAGGCCCUGGAGAUGAUCACCCUGCAAGACUUUGACUCGGUCUUUGCUGUGGUCAGGAGACACCAGUUCCGCUGGCAGGAGGUCAAGCAGGGAAAUGGUGAGUUGACCAAGCCCCUCAACUUGGACCCGUCCAACCGGCCAAGACGUCAGGACUGGGACGGAGAGCUGUGUGAGAACGGCUCUUUCUACUUUACCACCAGAGACCUCAUCCUGAACAAGGGGCUUCUGCAGGGCGGUAAGGUCGGCUACUAUGAGAUGCUGCCGGAGUACAGUGUGGACAUAGACGUGGACAUCGACUGGCCUGUGGCAGAGCAGAGAGUUCUCAGGUAUGGCUACUUCGGUCGGGUCACACCGGAGGUGGUUCGGCUGAUGUUCUGCAAUAUUUCUGGGUGUUUAACGGAGGGGAAGAUCUUCCUGUCUGCGUCCGGAGAGCAGAUGGUGUCCAUUAAUAUCAGAGACACCACAGGCAUCAGCAUGCUGCAGAAGGAAGAUGUGGAGGUCAUACUGCUGACGUACAACAAGGACUCCGUGAUCCAGUCGCUGGUGGACACGCUGGCCAAGAGAACGAACUGCAGAAUCAUCGAGGUAGGAGAGGAGCCGCUGAAUGAUCUGAGGCCGAUAGUGGAGCAGAAGAAGCUGGAGUGGAAGGACGUGGCAUACAUGGGUAAUGACAAACAAGACGUCAACUGUCUGAACCUGGCCGGAUUGAGCGCAGUACCUGGAGAUGCACCGGUGGUGGCCAUCAAUGCUGCAAAGUACACCUGCCACCAAGUCGCAGGAAUGGGAGCCGUCAGGGAGUUUGCCGAACACAUUCUCCUUCAGAAGGAAAAAGCUAAGUCUCAGCUGAAGCAGGACCGUGACUGCAGCAAGGUUAAUGUUUUAGGUUAAGGUUUUAAGGUUAAAGGUUUUACAGUUGGUGCAGUUUAUGCACAAAUUCUAGAAGUAAUUAGACAAUACUUAUGUGCAUGGGAAAUAUUCAAAUAUCAUACGAGAAGCGUGUCUAAUUUUAUUAUUUGAUUGUUACGUUCUAAAGUGAUUUUUCAAAAAAAAAGAAGGAAUUUGAAUAAUACUGUAAAUAUUGACGCAGAAUCAGAAGUUAACCAACCUUUGUUUAUUGUAGCAGUUGGUCUGUAAACAGGAUAAGACUACAACACCAAACCCAACACAAUGGGCUGGAAACCACUAUGCUUGUCUUUCACAAGAAGAACACAAGAAUUAACACUAAACAACAAUAAAAAUCUAGGUUGUAAACAGAAAUUUAAGAUGUUUUUAAAUGCAGAUUUACAUAACUUAAUUCCUAUGGUACAAUCCCUCUUAAGUUCACUGUAUGCAUCAUUAGAGAUACAGCUUUUAAAUCUUUUUGAAUGACUUGGUAUUUAUAAGGGGAAGCAUUUUAAACCAAAAUAUAACAACAAAGUCAAUGUCCAAAAACCAUCCUUGCAAAAUUGAUUGUCCCUGUCAAGUUCCGCCUUCCGACAUUUUAGUGAAAUAUGCUGCUGAGAUUUAGAUGAGAAGAUCAAUACCACUCUCAAUAUGAAGCUACAGCUAGCAGCCAGUUAGCUUAGCUUAGCAUAAAGACUUUCUGCUGACAUUUGUUUUUCUGUUGUCAUUUUUUUUUCCCAUUUUCCCAAAAGAUGAUUAUUUGUUGGAAUAUUUACAUUCAUAUGAUAUUCCAUUCUUUUUUUAAAAUAAUUGACUAUCAUAAGUGAUUUUGUUGUGUGAAUCAUUUUCAGUAAAGCUGAUUAAUGAAGAUGAUUGAAAA